AUGCUAUAUCUCUUUAUUUCAUUUAUUUUAUUAAUAAAUUUAAAUAGUUUUGUUUGUCAAAACAAUUCAUCUGAAACAACAACAACAACAACAAUAUCAACAACACAAACAACACCCAAAACAACAACAACAACAUCCCAACCAAAACAAUCAACUUUAUCUUCGACAACAUCAACACAACUUUUGCUCAAAGUUGGAAUAUUGGGGGCUAAUUCUAGUGAAUUAAGAUCUGCUUAUGGUUUUGGACAAAGUGUUCCGGCAAUUUCUAUUGCUAUACAAAGAGCUAGAAAUGAACAUUUAAUUGAUUUUGUUAAUUUUACAUUUACUUGGUUAAUUUGUGAUUGUGAUCAAGUACUUGCUGUUGGAUAUGCUAAUAAAUUAAUUCUUGACCAAAAUGUUGAUGUUAUUAUUGGGCCUCCGUGUGUUACAGCUGCAAUUGAUUCAAGCUUGGCUCCAGGCUUUUAUAAUAUUCCUGUUUUCUUGUGGGGUGCCACUGUAGCUACAACUCUUGCAAAUGAUUCUGUUUAUCCAACAUGCACUAAUGUAAAUUCUGACACAAAAAUCCUUGCUCAAGCAGUCGAAGCUGUUCUUAUGCAAUUUCAAUGGUCUGAAGUAUCCCUCGUUUAUAUUCCUGACAAUGUUCGAAGGCGAGUAUUUUUGGCUAUCAUAUAUACAUAUUACCUUUCAUUUAAAAGAAUGAAAAUUAAAAAAUAUUUUUUAGAGUUGGAUAUUACUUUCCCCAAGAUUUUGAAAGCAUAG